UUUUUAUUUUUAUUUUUUGCAGUUUCAGUUUGUAACGCAUUAUAAUAGCUUGCAUAGAAAAACUCAUUCAAUAAUUUCAUUUUUGAUACGUGUUGCAUUACCUUUUUAUACUUUAAAUUUCCGUGCUUCCGAUUUUAGCGGUUCUUUGGGGGAUAUGCACACAGGCCUUUGAUCACAAAAAUGUCACGUUUUGUGAUCCUUAUGGCUCUUCUUGCCAUUGCACAGCAUUAGAUUAUCUAAUUAGAUGGAUUUCGCUCUUAGUUUCCAGAAUUGAUUUUGAUAUUUCACUACUCAGUAUGCAUUGAUUGUGUUUCUGCUUGUAGAUAUCUGUUUGCGUAAUUUUAAGGCUUACUACCUUAAUGAACGUGUUUUUUUCUUGGAUGUCUGUUCAUAGAGUAAUUAUUACUUAUUAGAUUAUACUCCCGGCCCAUCCCAUCAUAGGACGUCAUACAAUUAAAAUUACUACUUACAUAAGCAUUCUUAAUUACAUGGCAUAUUACGAUAGAAUGGGAGUACCGUUUCAUCUGUACACAAGAGUAUCUAAUAAUUUUCCAUGUAGAUAAUACUCCUUUAAAAGAAUCUAUAAACAGAUGAAUAUCUAAAAAUUAAUUAACUCCAGAAACACUUCGCCACUGCAUCCAUGCAAAGUUUCCAAUUUCCCGUGUUACCCGAACUUCUCCAUUCUCUUUUUUGCUGGAUAUGUAUAGGUAUUUGGGAUCCUGUUCUAAUCUUACCUUUACCAAAACUAUAGCCCAUUAGAGUUCGCUAGUCUUGUUUACCCUUGAUCUUUUGCUUCUUAAUUUCCUCCCUUCAGUUUCAAUUGCUAUUUUUGUUUCCUUUUUCUUUUUCCCCUUACGCCAAGCACAGCAUCCAAAACAAUGUCUUAAAUGAAGACAUGAAAAAUUCAUGAGCCAAGGAGGUCUGAGACUUCUAUAUAGUCGCCUGGUUAAUAGCAUUUCUGCUAUAAAUCAACGGAACUGACCAUUUCCAUCUAUGUACGUAUCCUACUGGCUGCGUUUACUGGCCCCCCAGCAGGACCCAAAAAAUGAUGAUCCUUUGAACUCAACUGAUGUAUAGUUUAUACAGUAUGUUAUGGUAUGUGUUUGGGGUUGCUUGGACCUUGCUAAAGUUUUCAGAUAAGGAAGGCUCGUUUGUAAUGCUAAAGAGAUUAUUUCUUUGGAAUGCCUAGGGGCAAUAUGUCAACUGGGCCAGAAAGGUAGGAGCAGUUGCAUGAUCUAGUUUUGUUGUCAAUUUAACUCAUGCUGUUUGAUGUUAUGUUUUGAGUGGGCGGAGUCCAUGACUCAAUAUUUCUUUGAGGUUCUUCAACUAUUACUCUAUAGGCUCAAGUUUAUCUUCCAUGAAUCUGGAUGCACAGAGCCACAGGCUUCCCAGUUCAGGAAUGUGCUGAUUCACAGAGCCAAGACCGAAUAUGUUUGAAUGAUGGGUACUUUCACAUCCUAUGUUCUGAAAAGGAGAAGGGACCUGUAUCCUUUGUUGCAACUAUUUGCUAGGGUGAUCAAUUAAGCAAGGGCCGAAUUUAAUCCUUCUUAGAUUUACCUUGGGAAGGUGGUGCUGUUACAUCAAAUUUUUCUAGGAAAUGUGAGGCCCUUGCAGUUUCUGGUUUGGUUGAGUAUGGGGAUGAGAUAGAUGUGAUUGCUCCAGCUGACAUUCUGAAGCAGAUCUUUAAAAUGCCAUAUUCUAAGGCACGAUUAUCAAUUGCUGUUCAUCGUGUUGGACAGACUCUUGUUCUGAAUACUGGGCCUGAUGUUGAAGAGGGAGAAAAGUUGAUUAGAAGACACAACAAUCAGUCAAAAUCUGCAGAUUCUUUAUUUUUGAAUUUUGCCAUGCAUUCAGUUAGAAUGGAGGCUUGUGAUUGUCCGCCUACUCAUCAUGUCCCAUCACAGAAGCAAUCAAAUUCUUGUGUUCUUCCUGGGGGAAAUAGAACUCAAUUUGCGGGGAAGUGCGAUAGUGUCAUUCCAGAUGAAGGAUCCAAUUGUUGUUCCGAGUACCCUCAAGUCAAACAAGAUAGCAUCUUUUGGGGCAGUAAGAAGAAUAAGAGAAAUAAGGGGCGGGAUCAUGACAAAAAGGCUUCACAAGUUGGCGAGAAGCCCAGGUGCUCCAUGCAGGAAUCUGAAAAACAUAGAAGAGUUGGAAAUGAUGGGUUUCGAAGGGUUUUAUUUUGGCAGUUUCACAACUUCCGUAUGCUUUUGGGCAGUGACUUACUUCUGUUCAGUAAUGAAAAAUAUGUUGCUGUCAGCUUGCAUUUAUGGGACGUUACACGACAGGUCACUCCAUUAACUUGGCUUGAAGCUUGGCUUGACAAUGUUAUGGCAAGUGUGCCUGAGUUGGCAAUCUGUUAUCAUCAAAAUGGCGUUGUUCAAGGUUAUGAGCUUCUGAAAACAGAUGAUAUAUUUCUAUUGAAAGGAAUCUCUGAGGAUGGAACUCCUGCUUUUUAUCCUUAUGUAAUCCAGCAAAAUGGUGUUUCUGUUUUGAGGUUCCUCCAAGAUAACUGCAAGCAGGAUCCUGGUGCUUAUUGGCUUUAUAAAAGUGCGGGGGAAGAUGUAAUUCAACUUUUUGAUCUUUCUGUUAUUCCCAAGAACCAUUCCUCCGAUGAUAGUGAUGAUGCCUCAAGCUCCCUGUCUUCUCUAUUGCAAAGGGGACGAAGUGAUUCCUUGUAUUCAUUAGGGACUCUUCUGUACCGAAUUGCUCACAGGCUGUCGUUUUCAAUGGCUUCUAACAAUAGGGCCAGAUGUGUGAGGUUCUUCCAAAAAUGUUUGGAUUUUCUUGAUGAGCCAGAUCAUCUGGUUGUACGUGCAUGUGCUCAUGAACAAUUUGCAAGGCUCAUUUUAAAUUAUGAUGAAGAGCUGGAUUUAACAUCUGAAUCUCUUCCUGUGGAAUGCGAAGUUACAGUCAUUGAUGCCGAGGAAGAAUCUUUGGACUUUGUAGGUGAUAAUUCAGAAUCAGUUGGGCAUGAAAAGGUCUCCUCUUUAGUUGCUGAGGAUAAACCAUACGAGGAUGGACAAAGUUUUCAAGAUUUAGAAUCAGAGACUUCUGUCAAGAUGACGUUGGAGGCAUAUUUAUCUGCUUCUGAAAAAUUGAUAGAAGUAGGUGACACGGAAUUAACAGAUCCAGGAGCUGUGACAAGUUCCAGUGACAAUGAAAGCUCCGCUUUGUGCAAGGUGGCACCAACACCAGUUCAAACUGUUGUUGACCCCAUAUCCUCUAAGUUAGCUGCAGUACAUCAUGUUUCUCAAGCUAUCAAGUCUCUCAGAUGGAUGCGCCAACUGCAGAGCACUGAGCCACAGCUGGUGGGCAAAAGCGGUGGAACUAAAGAUGCACUGCCUUCGUCUACGAAUUUUUCUGUUUGUGCAUGUGGUGAUGCUGACUGCAUUGAAGUUUGUGACAUUCGGGAAUGGCUUCCAACAUUAAAACUGGAUCAUAAGUUGUGGAAACUUGUUCUUUUGCUUGGAGAAUCUUAUUUGGCACUUGGUCAAGCUUAUAAGGAGGAUGGCCAGUUGCAUCAGGCAUUAAAGGUGGUAGAAUUGGCAUGUUCUACUUAUGGAUCAAUGCCUCAGCAUCUUGAAGAUACAAGGUUCAUUUCUUCAAUGAUCAGUUGCUCAUCAUUGCAGAAGAAAUUCAGUGAAAGAAAUGAAAAGGCAAGAUUAUAUGGUGGUGAUAUGACGGAUGAGAAAUCCAGCUCCACAGAUGAUUCUCUUACUCUUGAGCAAUACUCUUCCACUUACCUCUUCUGGGCCAGGGUGUGGACACUGGUUGGAGAUGUUUAUGUUGAGUUCCAUGCGGUACAUGGUAAAGAGAUCUCAAUGCAUGCAGAGAGGAAAUCCAAUACUAGAGAGUUGAGAAUCUCUUCUGAGGUAGUGAAGGAAGUCAAAAGGCUCAAGAAGCAGCUGGGCCAGCGUGGCCAGAAUUGCAGCUCAUGCUCCUUGGUAAAUUGCAGCUGCCAGAGUGACAGGGCAAGCAGUGGCAGCAGUGCAAGCAGUAGCAAUGCAGAUAUGCGCUCUGUAGGUUAUGGCAGAAAACAGUCAAAGAAAGUUUAUUCAAAGAACACAUCCUGCUCCCUUUUGGGAGACCCUGAAGAUGGGCAUGUUCAUCACCGGAUGGACAAUACUAAGACUUUUGAUGGUGGGCAUUUACAGCACAACGGAAACGAUGAAAGCCUAAAAGAAGUUCCUUAUACUGAUAAUGCUAAUCUUGGGCUACAAUCUUUGGGAACUAAUACUAAAAAAGUUGACGGUUUUCUGGAGAUACAUGGUACAGGAUCCACAGUUGCCUCACAAACUGAAAUGUCUUCCAGAGAAACACCCAAAGUGAAAAAUGGUGGAAUAUUUAAGUACCUUGGGGGUCCUGUAGUCAGAGAUGCAGAGCAUAAUCUUUUAACUGCCCUAACCUGUUAUGAAGAAGCUACAAAGGCGCUGGGUGGAUUUCCAUCGGAUUCAGCAGAACUACAAUCUGUAGUCAAGAAGAAAGGGUGGGUUUUUAAUGAACUGGGUCGUAACAGGCUUGAAAGAAGAGAAUUGAACAAAGCUGAAGUUGCUUUUGCAGAUGCCAUAAAUGCAUUCAGGGAAGUCUCUGAUCACACCAACAUUAUAUUAAUUAAUUGUAAUUUGGGCCAUGGCAGACGUGCAUUGGCUGAAGAGAUGGUAUCAAAGAUUGAGGAUCUCAAAGUACAUGCACUCUUCCAUAAUGCGUACAACCAAGCAUUGGAGAAUGCCAAACUAGAAUAUACUGAAUCACUGAGAUAUUACGGGGCAGCGAAGUCAGAACUGAUACUUGUUGCUGAAGGGGAUGAAUCAGUGACAAGUGCCUUGAGGAACGAGGUACAGACUCAGUUUGCACAUACAUAUCUGAGGCUUGGCAUGCUUUUGGCAAAAGAAGAUGUAACUACAGAAGUUUUUGAAAAUGGAGCCUUGGAAGGUAAAUCUGUAGGUUAUACCAAUUCCAGUGACAGGAAAGCGAGGAAAGAAUCAAGAAAGCAUGAGAUUUCAGCUAAUGAUGCCAUACGGGUGGCACUGUCUGUGUAUGAAUCGCUAGGUGAAUUGCGCAAACAGGAAGCUGCAUUUGCUUAUUUUCAGCUGGCUUGCUACCAAAGGGAGUGUUGUUUGAAAUUUUUGAAGUCAGAUCAGAAGAAUAGCAACUUUUCCAAAGGUGAAAACAGCAUUCUUCAACGGGUCAAGCAGUAUGCUUCCUUGGCCGAGAGAAACUGGCACAGAGCCAUAGAUUUUUAUGGCCCACAAACGCAUCCCACUAUGUACCUGACUAUUCUCAUAGAAGGAUCGGCUCUUUCAUUAACCCUUUUCGACUUUUUUCACUCAAAUGCAAUGCUGGAAUCAGCUCUGUCUCGCAUGCUUGAAGGACGUUAUGUAUCAGAUAAGGAUUCAGACUCUUUCAGAACAGACCAUCCUGAUACACAUGCAAAAUUUUGGAGACAGUUGCAGAUGCUUUUGAAGAAAAUGUUGGCCGUGACAAUUUCAGGAAGUGCAAACAAAUCAUCGCCAGUCUCUCAAACAAAUCCCGUAUCCAAUAGGUCUGGAGAAGCUGGAAAGCUCAGGGAGCUUUACAAAAUGUCUCUGAUGUCCACCGACAUGAGUGAAUUGCAUGCUAUGCACACAUUGUGGACAUCAUAAUCAGAAAUUUGACUCUUAACAGUUCCUGGUUUUAAAUAUUUUCCAUCUCAAGGAGAAAGUUCGCAUGGGUUGUACACUUGUACUAAAUAUAGAGUAGGAUCCUCUCUUUUUCACUGUCUAUAUCAUAGAGGAAGAUUUGAGAGGAUGAAAUUGACAACACUUGAAGAUAUUCAUCAGGUGAAAUGAACAUAAACUUGCUAGCAAA